AAGUUAAGAGUUAAAUAAAUAUGAGAGAAAAUAAAAUGAAAAGGGAGAACAAAUUUUAUCUUCUCCCUUUAAAUCCAAUAUAUAUAUAAUUUUCUUUUUUAUUUUCUUUCACUUUUGCAGUAUUGUCACUUACUAUACUUCCUUUACAAAGUUUCCAUCUUUCAUUUCCACCACCUCAUUCUCAAUUCUACUCUCACUUUCUCUGCAUUCUUCUUUGUGUAAUCCAAGUGGGAUUUUGGUUCUUGAGAUUCUUUUCUUGCUCAAAUCUUCUUUCCUUUCUCUUUUCUGUGGUUAAUUAAGUCUUUGCUUUUGGUGAUCAUGGCCAAUUUGAAGGCUCAACGCUUACUUGAACUUGCCAUUCUCGAUUACAUGUCUAAAAGAGGUUACCAUCAGAUUCGUGAGGCAUUCUCCCCCGGAGUUCCUGCUAACCAAAAUCCUUUUGCUAUCAAUUUUCCUCAUGAAGCAUUUCUACAAGAGUUUUGGGGUAAAUUUUAUGAAGCAUACAGCUCUAGGUUCCCUGAUGACCCUGUAUUUGCUGCUGAAUCCUUUGAUAAGGUUGCACAGACUCUGGAAGACAUUGUGGCUAAUCAAUCCUUUGCUUCUGAUCAUACAGGGUUAAACAUCUCUAAUGUGAUGCCAUCACCUGUGGUGGAAUCCAGCGGUCCUGAUCUUAUGGACGAUGCUAGGAUUUCAGAUUUGAUGCCAAGAGACAUGCCACCAAUCUUACAGUCUCUUGAGAUGAAUGAAAUGGAUGGCAUGCUUCCAUUUGCUAGCAAUGCUGGCUAUCAAAUGCCAAUUGUUCCUCCAGAGUGGAAUGCAAGAGAUGACAGGCAUGCCAUUAACUUGGGAGGUCCUACGCAAAUGGAACCAAAUAUCCAUGCCCCUGCAACCGCUUUGCCUGCUUCACCAGAACUUUCUGAUGCGGGCUCUUCAACCAACUGCUCUUGAAUGCAUCAAACUCUCCAUCCAAAUAAAGAUGUUGAUAUUUUGAGAAAGCUACUACCUAGUUAGUUACUAUAUUUGGGAAAUAAAGUCGUGCGAAGAGAGAGGGAUCACCUAUAUUCUUGAAAAUGUUGAAGAGGCAUGAAUAAUCUGUUAUAAUACUGAGUGAGCCUUUGAUGCUUUUGUAAUACCAGCUUUAUCCAUGAGUACCCCCUGAGUGUAUUGUGUUGAAUAACUUCUGAUACAAACAUUUCAAAAGGUAUUAAAGGAGUAUCCAAUGAUAGUGAUUGCUUUCUCCCAAAUUAUUAAAUGCUUGUUGCUAUUUUCUGAAUCAAAUAGAGAUUUGGGAGAAAAAGCGCGUCUUUUGAUAAGGAGGAGAAUUACUCCUCAAGAAGUUGUUUGCUUUUGCGAUUGGUGGAAAAAGGACACAAUACUAUUGCAGUGCUUAGGUCAAAGCGUACCACAACCAUUUAGAUGUGGUCUUGUGUAUCUAGCUUUUACCCGUAAAGCAAUGGUACAUUGGUGGAACCAACAAAACCUUAUCAGCAGAGAGAAAACGGAAGCACCUAAAUGGGAAGCUUGGUGCGGUCUCAUGAUAUCUCAUAUAUAGAGCAACAAGAAUGGUUUAAGAACUGCUGAAAACUUCUCAACUCUUUUUUUGAAAUAACCGUGAUGUCAGGGUCAGCGUGUGCACACCUUGACUAAUUUCACAGUGUACCUGCUACCUCCUGAGACUUCUCAACCUAGGACCUGAUUUUUAUGUCGUUUAGCUACAACCAAUCCAAAAGGAAACUCCUACCAUAAAAUCAGUUCUUCAUAUCUAUGUUGCUCGGACCCUUCACUUUUGCUGCCGUACCCGUGUCCGACACGACACAACACCGACGCCGGAUUCGUGUCGGAUCUGGUCAAACGACAUUAGACACUUUGACCAAAUCCAUGGACCAAUCUGAGAAAAAAUUUGAGGCUAAAUUGAAAGAAACGGAAAGCUCUUGAAGAGUGGACACUUAUUGUAUCUAGAAGAGUUUCAAGUUAAUUAAAAAUUAAAAUUUAAUUAUAAAUGAAACAUAACUAUAAAAAAUUAUUUUUGUUUUUUAUUUCUAGGCAUAGAUUUAGUUAUUUUUCUUAUAAUUUUGAAUUAUUUUAGCCGAAUCCCUGCACCCGUAUCCGCACCUAGAUCCGUACCCCCGAAUCUUAAAAUUUAGAUUAUGCUGAAUCCGACCUCUAGAUCCGUACCCGUAUCCGACACUUGACACCGAGUCCUAGCAACAUAGCUUCAUAUCAUGUCAGGUAGCUGAUCUCUCUUCCAAACAAGCUCAGAUAAUGAAGCUCAGCUUGAAGCCAUCAUAAAGUGUCUAAAAGUCUUCGUCCUUAACCUUGAUCAAGUGCUACAUUUUUCUCAAAGUAUUUUCAAGUCAAGGUAACUUAUGUCAAAGUUCUCGUUUGUGAGAUUUUUUAAUCGAGGUCCUUCUGAUUUCACCAAGGUCCAAUCAGACGUUCAAAGUGCGUGUACGACUCUACUGGUUGUCACUGUGGAGAAAUACAUAUAUAAAUGUCCUGUUAGGAAUUCCUUCUCUUUCCCUUUUAACCAUUUUAAAAAGUGUGAAAUAUUAAUGGAGUACAUACUAAAGCGGAAACCUUUUGUAUUUUCCUCUUAUACAAGUCUGAAUAAAUUUGCUCAACCAGUAAAGGCUUAAAUAUAAAGUUAUUCUGUAUUGAAAAGGUAAUUGCAUCUUCUCCUACAAAUCUUGCGACAACCAUUGUAUUGGAUCAAUAAAGAGAUAAUGGAUUUUCAAGUGCUAUUAUUGUGAUUAGUGUUUCCGAGAUUGUAUUUCAAGAAAAUGGUCAUAAAAGAACUUUUCUAUCGCGCUCAGAUAGCACUAUGCUCCCUUGUGAUAUUCAUUUGGAUUACUUGUGACUCACAAAUUUUAUUCACAAGUCUCCAAUCGUGCUCUUUAGCAUGAAUCCAACCUUUUCGAGGUAGUCAUAAAAUGAGGGAUCCCAUUAUGGGCGAUUUGACACUUAGAUGCAGCACAAGGUGUCCUCAAAAUAUCAACUCCUUGCUCAUAACUAAAAGAUCCUGAACAUUGGCAUUCACUGCGUAGCUUCAUAGGCUUUUCUCAUUCAUCUUAAAAGAUCGUUUAUCCUACCAUCAAUCUAAAACUUCUGUUCUAAAAAAGUGGCCUACUUUCUACUUUAGUUUGUUUCAAAUUACCUUGAACCCGUUGCUUUACAUGUAAAGUAAGUUUCUUGUUCUUGUAAAAUUGAAGUAAGCUAACAAUGCUUCACAUUGUUUUUAAAAUGAUUUGGUGUCUUAUCUACUUCUUCACAUUUCAAAGUGUUUUUUCUUUCAACUUUUCUCUAGUGGUCUUAAUAUGGUAAUCAUUCAAAUAUUUUAGUCUUACUAACCACGCUCUAGGCACUUUCGAACCGAACUAUGUAGCUGCGUCAGCUUUGUUGAGAAUUUAAUUAUGUAAAUAAAAUUAUGCUCCCUCUAACAACUUAAGCUUUUAGAUGAGAUGGUCACACACUUUAACAUAGGUCUUGGGAUCGAGUCUCAAAAAGAAUUUUCACGUGCUUGGCCCAUGAAAAAAUAAUAGGCCCGCACAUGAGGGUGUAUGUUGAGAAGAUAAUUAAAUAAAUAAAAGUAUACUCUCUCUAGCAACUUAAGCUUUAAGAUGAGAUAUGGUCACACAUUUUAACAAGCUUGAAUGUGCCUAAAUAGCUUUUUUCCUUCUCCUAGGAAUCCUAACCUGGAAUGCAAGCUCAAGGAAGUGAUAAACGUUAUGAGGGCUUGGGAAUAGGGAGGAGAAGUUUGUAGGUUGGAACUUAUUAGAUCAUGUACUGAUCUUAAAGUAUAGAAUUUAUAAAUGUGGCUUGCAUGGCUCUAAGGUGGCUCUUGUUACUUAGUUAUCAGAUAACACUUAGCUGUUCAACUAAUUAGGGAUAUUAAGUGAAACACGUUUGUUCGAACAUACAACUCAAAACUUGCUCAACCUUAGCUUGUUUAUUUAACAAUUCAGGCAUGUGUAACCUUUAGGCCGACUCAUGUUCUUGAAGAUUAUUAUUUUGACAUAAGUAUAAAGUGUACUAAGAGUUUUCUUUAGUAUCCACUUAUAGCAAAUAAAAAUCAUUAUAUAUUUAUUAAUAUGAAGUUUUUUCCUGAUUGGGUUCUAAGAUAUAAGUUUAUUAUACUAUAUGUGUAUGUGUGUGUGAGUUUAGUUUGAGCUUGAACUCGAGUUCAAGGUUGUUAAUUCACGUGUUACUAUAUUGAGUCGUGCGUGAACUUGUAUAUAUUCGAAUUGAUCUCUACUCCAAUUUGAAGCUGAUAUUUGAGCUUGAGUUUGAACUCAACAUUAUCUACUAACUCAAGGAUGAACAACUGAGCCCGGCUUGAUCAAACUACACCUGUUAUAUCUAUCGCUGACACCCAUUCCCUCAGUGAUUAAGCCAAUGGCUACUGAGCGAUUACCUUUAGUAAAAUCUUUACAACUUAGAUUAUAUAUGACACACUUCCCCAUUUGGGUAUAGAUGCAUGUUGCAGGCUGAAGUAAGAAAAGGAUGAACAUACGGCAGCUUAGGAAUAAGAUCCACCAAAAAAAGUAUGCAACAGAGGCAUUCAGUAAAGUUUUUAAAAUAGAACUUUGAUACAAUGCACUUCCCCUUCACAUCUUUUUAUCUUUUGGUUUUUGAAGAUGAUACUCUGUAUGUGCAAUUAAUUUCCAAUGACUUGCUGACCAAGAUUUAAUCACUGUGAUUUCUUAGUUCUAGUUCCAGUUUCAUUUUGAAGUUCAAUUCAUUAUCAAUUGUAAGCUGUCACAGCAAGAGACACUAGGCAAACUAACAUGGAAGGAAGUAUGAUAUAAACAGACAAUUUUUAAGACUUAGAUUCAGCUAAAUAAUCAUGUUCUCUUCAGAAUAAUCACAAUGAGAAGUUCCUGCAGUGAUCAUAUAGAUGAUGUUUCAAAUACUUUUAACGAUAGAUUGUAGGAUGCGCCCAAGUAGAUCAGAAUUGACGCUUAAUCGUUGUUGAUAUGUAGUACAAUGUUCCAUCAGGUUAGUAGAUCUGUUGGCAUUUUUGUGUACUUUUAGAUCUCCUUAUCUUUCUUUUCUAGAUUUUCAAUUUCCUUUUGAUCUUGUUUUUGCAUUGUACCUGUAGAUCUCUUUAUCUUUCUUCUUAAAAUUAUAAAUUUCCUUUUGAUCUUCUUUUUUCGUA